GCCUGCGUGUGGACGUAAGAAAAAACGAGGAAAGGGUUGGGCUUACCAGUCACAUCAUAUCACAACUAGCUGCGCCUUGGUCAUAAACCAAUUUGGUGAGGAAAAAAAGAGCUAAGAAGGUCCUCAUGUGCGGCUACCUACAGAGCCGCAAAAGCAAGACUUCUCCGUGCAUCCCUUGCUGCCGUGUCCACUCGUCACCACGGAAGCACCGGGGGACCAGCGCGUUGUUUUUGCCGCUUUUGGACUGGACCGGUUUUGUGUCGCUGGGAAAUGAUGGCCACUUACCAAAACACGGACGAUGACGCAAUGGCAUUGAUGAUCCACGAUACCAACACGCCGAAGGAGAAAGAGCGACCCAAAGAGGAGCCGGUCCAGGAAAAGGUCGCAGAAAAGCCGGAUCCGACUCAGAAGCCUCCCUACUCCUAUGUGGCCCUCAUCGCUAUGGCCAUCCGAGAGAGCUCCGAGAAGCGUCUCACUCUGUCUGGCAUUUACCAGUACAUCAUCAGUAAGUUUCCAUUCUAUGAGAAAAACAAAAAAGGCUGGCAGAACAGUAUCCGGCACAACCUGAGCCUCAACGAGUGUUUCAUCAAAGUUCCGCGGGAGGGCGGCGGGGAAAGGAAAGGCAACUUCUGGACUCUCGACCCGGCCUGUGAGGACAUGUUUGAGAAGGGCAACUACCGGAGGCGCCGCCGAAUGAAGCGACCGUUCAGGCCGCCGCCCACGCAUUUCCAACCCGGGAAAUCCUUAUUCGGAGGGGACGGCUACGGCUACCUUUCCCCACCCAAGUACCUGCAGUCCAGCUUCAUGAAUAACUCGUGGUCGCUGGGCCAGCCGCCUACUCCGAUGUCCUACACUUCCUGUCAGAUGGCCGGUGGCAACGUGAGCCCGGUCAAAGCUUUGUCCGCCCCCGCCUCUUACAACCCGUACUCUCGAGUGCAGGGCAUGGCGCUCCCGGCUAUGGUGAACUCUUACAACGGCAUGAGCCACCAUCACCACCCGGCCCACUCCCACCACUCCCAGCAGUUGAGCCCGGCCACGGCCGCUCCGCCCCCGGUCUCGUCCGGCAAUGGAGCCGGGCUUCAGUUCGCUUGCUCCCGCCAGCCCGCGGAGCUGUCCAUGAUGCACUGUUCGUACUGGGAACACGAGAGCAAACACUCGGCCUUGCACACGAGGAUUGAUAUUUAAAUGUGACAAGUGUACACAUUAGAACUCUUCAAAGACAUAUCUUGUUGUCGUUUCCUCUGCAGAGGUUGAUGUUCAUGAUUUUUGGAAACCGCAUGUUUUGGUUGCAGCCUUGCAAUGGAGAGGCCGGUGUUUAGAAACAGGAGUGCGGGUGUAUACAGGGUCACCGGGCGCAACAGGUAGCGCAACAUUUAUAAUUGGACUGCCAUGUGUAUUACUUUGGUGUGUCGAAUUAUUUUGUGUUUCCAUCAAGAAAAGACCCUGGAACUAUGCGUAAUUUUCAACUUUACGCACGGCUUGACGAAAUCCAAGCCAUAAAAUGUUAAAUCGCUUCAUAAUUCAGAAACUGACUGAGCCAGGCUUUCAUGGUUGUAAAUCUUCAGUUUAAAAACGAUUUCUCGUCACUAAGACAAUUCAGGGUAUUUCAUGUUAUGUAUUAUGUUGAUCCCCAUAUAUGAAUUUCCAGUACCAUGAAAUAGGCCAGGGCCAAUUUUUCCUUUUUUUUUUAAUGAACGUGUAUAUUGUGUUAUAAAUCUUGGGGCCAUGCUUAAUUUUGAUUAGCACUUUUCUAUAUUUUCUAGAUUUGUGAAUUUCUUAAUAAACCUGUAUUUGCUAAAAUA